AGUGAAGUGAAAUUAAAACAAUCAGAUUUUGUAUAAAUCUCUGCUAACUUACAACUAAACCAAAAAAGGACUAAAUGUUAUUAUGAUUUAAUUUGAAUGAAGGUUUAUUUACACGUAUAGCCAUAGAGCGAUAGCCGUUGAAGACGAACCUUAAGGUAAACCCUCAGCAUGGGGGUGGCUGAAGAUUUCGCUCCCAGCUUUGUUAAAAAGCCACAACUGCAUCAGGAGGAUGAUGGCAAUCGGUUAAUAUUUGAGUGCCAGUUAUUGUCAUCCCCGAAACCGGACAUUGAAUGGUUUCGCAGUGACAGUAAACUUGCAGAGGAUGAGCGAACGAAAUUCAAAAUACAACCCGUUGAAGAUAAUAAAUACACGGUAAUAUUAGAGCUUGACGAUGUUGUUGAAACGGAUGCCGGACUUUACAAAGUGAAAGCCAAGAACAAGUCAGGCGAAGUCUCUGCGUCUAUUAAUUUAAAUUUCACGCAGGGAAAGUUUGUACCUCUGGAAAGCGAAGGACAAAUCGACGGUUUCGCGCCGACAUUCGCGAAAAAACCCGCUAUACGACAGGAAGAAGAUGGAAAACGAUUAUUAUUUGAGUGCCGCGUUAACGCUGAUCCGAUGCCAAACAUUAUUUGGUUCCACAAUGGAGUUGCUGUUAAAGAAUCGGCCCGACACAAGCUUACUGUUGACAAAGAAGUCCACUCAUACUUUGCAACACUGGAGAUUCAAAAUGUUACAGUUGAGGAUGCUGGCAAAUACAAAGUGAAUGCAAAGAACGAAUUGGGCGAAAGCAACGCAACAAUAAGCCUAAAUUUCGACAGCGAUGAAGCUCCCGUGCCGGAAAGUUCAGAAGGCAUUAAGCCAACUUUUACCGAACGACCAGUGAUUCGUCAGAGCGAAGAUGGCGGAAAUGUAACUUUCGAGUGUAGAUGCGUCGGAGAUCCAACGCCAACGGUCACAUGGUCACAUGGUGAGACUAUACUUAGCGAGUCCAAACGCUACAAAAUGUCACUGUCAAUGGAUCAGAAACUAUAUCACAUGGCGUGUCUCGAGAUAAGCAGCGUGGUCUCCUCUGACCAGGGCGAAUAUCGCGCGCAAGCGAAAAAUAAGCAUGGUUCCGGCGUCGCAACCAUUAAUCUUAAUUUCGAAAGCGGCUCGAAAAAAAUUCCGGAUGGAAAAUCGCCGCGCUUUCCAAAAAAACCAACGAUCCGCCAAGAGGAGGACUUGCUCAUCAUGGAAUGCGUGUUGGAAGCGCAUCCGGUCCCGGACAUUGUCUGGUAUUGCUCAGAUGCGCAGAUCUCUGAUAAUCAAAGAACAAAAAUGACCCGCAAGGCCAUAACUAAAGACAGCUACAUUCUCACUUUGGAAAUUCAAAAUCCCACGAAAGAGGAUGGCGGCAACUAUCGCUGUAACGCAAUUAAUAUGUAUGGCGAAAGUAAUGCAAAUAUUGCGCUUAACUUUCAAGGUGCGAGCGACGCGAACGGGUUUGCACCAUCUUUCAUUGAAAAGCCGAGGAUUAUACCGAAUGAGUCUGGCACACUGAUCACAAUGAAGUGCAAGUGCAAGGCCAAGCCAGAGCCGACAGUCACUUGGUACAGGGGCCAAGAUGCUGUUGAAAAAAGUAAAAAGAUAAAAAUAAACACUGUAGUGAUAGCAGAGGACACGUAUGAGCUGACGUUGGAAAUAAAGGAUCCGGGAGCAAACGAUGGUGGUACCUACAGAUGCAAUGUCAAAAACGAAUACGGCGAAUCGAACGCCAAUCUGAAUCUUAACAUUGAGGCAGAACCAGAGCCCGAGGGCGAGGGGCCGACCUUUGUGGAAAAGCCACGAAUCGUAUCGGAAAACAAUGGCAAACUGGUGAUAAUGGAGUGCAAGGUCAAGGCAGACCCGAAACCCGACGUCGUUUGGUUCCGCAACGGAGAAGUUAUCAAAGAAAGCAAUAAAAUUAAGACCUUUAUUGAGCAGCGGGGUGAUCAGUACUAUAUCAAGUUGGAGUUAUUAGAUCCGCAGUUGGAAGACUCAGGCCUCUACAAGUGCAACAUAAAGAACACGCUGGGAGAACUGAAUGCUAAUCUUACACUUAAUAUAGAAAUUGUUCCUGUUAUCAAAGACAAACCAAAAAUUAUCAAAAUCAUAAAGAAGCGAACUGUAGUGAUCGAGUGUACUGUGGCAUCGAAGUUCGAGCCCAAAUGUACCUGGUACAAGGAAUCGAACACAGUGAAGGAGAGCAAAAGACACGUUUACCUUGUGGAACAGACAAAGGACGGGGAGUUUGCUGUUAAACUGGAGAUCAACGAGGUUGAGGAGAGCGACAAGGGAGCUUACAAGCUGGUGGCCAGCAACGAAAAAGGAGAGGCGGUGUCUCAAGUGGUUAACCUCGUUGACAUUCCCGAGGAAGAACGCAAACCCAGUAAACCGGAAAUCUCCAGAAAGCUCGUUGAUCAAAAGGUCACCGAAUCAAAGACGUUUGAACUUCUGAUCAGCCUCGCGCAGUCAGAUCGCAAGUGCAAAAUCGAGUGGUACAGGGGCAGCACUUUGUUGCGCGAAACAAAGGACGUCACCACCACGUUUGAUGGAACAACAGCAAGACUUACAUUUAGCUCUGCCAAAACGGAACACACUUCCAACUAUAAAGUUGUUGUAUCUAACGAGGUCGGCAAGGACGAGUCAUCUUGUAAGAUUACUGUGGAAAAAGGUACCAAGAAGCCAGUUGAGCAGCCAAAAGAAAAGGACAAAUUAAAGGAAGAAAAAGAAAAGGAACAAAAGGACUCUGAGGAAGCGGAAAUUCCUUCAGAUCAACCCACUAAAACUGAUAAGCAAAAUGAAGAAGAACAAGAAAAGAACGGUGUAGAAGAAGAGCCGAAGAAAACUGAAGAAACUAAAGAGCCGAAGAAAAAAGAAGAAACUAAAGAGCCGAUGAAAAAGGAAGAAACUAAAGAGCCGAAGAAAAUUGAAGAAACUAAAGAGCCGAAGAAAAAGGAAGAAACUAAAGAGCCGAAGAAAACUGAAGAAACUAAAGAGCCGAAGAAAAUUGAAGAAACUAAAGAGCCAAAGAAAAUUGAAGAAACUAAAGAGCCGAAGAAAGUUGAAGAAACUAAAGAGCCGAAGAAAGUUGAAGAAACUAAAGAGCCGAAGAAAGUUGAAGAAACUAAAGAGCCGAAGAAAAGUAAAUCUGAACCGAAAAGUGAGCAACCAAAAACGAAGUCCAUUGACAAAAAGGAUAAGUCAUCUCCACAAGAACCUAAGGCGAAAAAAGAGGAAUCAGUUUCAGAUUCAACUCCUACUGAAGAGAAAAAGGAAGAGAAACAAACAACUGAGCAGAUAGGACUAAAAAAAGUGGAAAGAAAGGCAAGUAUUGUGUCUGUUAAAGAAGAAGUCUCAGAGACACGCCGUCAAUCAAUCAUCGAGGCUCGUGAGGAAAUCACAGUCGAUAAUACGAAGGUAUUGUCAAGAAAGUCAUCCCUAGCGGUUGAAGAAUCUAGUAAAGAACGGCUAAGGUCUUCCGUGAUUGAUAAAACCCCAAUGGAGCAGGUUGAUAGUAAACAAAUUGACGCUAAUAAAAAUCCACAAGCCCUAAAAGAAGAGAUCCCCAAGCUAAAACCUGCUGAAAAACGACGACCUUCAAAGGCUAUUGAAGAGGCAAAACCAGCUGAAGAACUCCCAAAGCUGCGUAAGACAUCAAUUGCACAAGCAAAAGAAGAGCCGAAGCCAGAGGUGGCGAAACCAAAGGCAAAACCAAAAGCCAAAUCGAAGCCCAAGUACGAAGAGCUUCCAGAAAUUCCAGACUACGAGCGUCCGCAACUUGAAAAGUAUGAGAAAUCUGAUUUCACGCCAUCUGACUUUGCUCGUGAACUCGACAUACCAAACAAAAUGGAAAAGCCCUUGCUAGACAGCGGAAAGAAGGAGUCUGAGGCACCUGCCCAGAAGAAUGGACUUCCCAAGAAGGCGGAAAUUGUUGAAAAAACUGCGGAGGAACCAAAGGGCCUAAAAUUGGGCAAAGGUAAACUACCCAGUGAAGAUGAUAGUCGAGAUGGCGCUGUGCUCAAACCAGUCAUAAUUGAACCUGAGGAGAACACCUCGGAGAGCAAAAACAAAAAGAAUUCCGAGCAGGCCGAUAAACCAUCUGUACUAGAUAUUAUAAAGCAGCGACGUCGAUCCUCAAUCAGAAAUCUGAUGACUAAGGAACCAAUUCGUAAUGAAUCAUUCCUAGGGGUAGUUUUAAAGCCCGUGAUAAAGGAUGCUAAAGAGCAGGUUGCGCCUCAGCAAGCCAUACAGUUAACGAAGGCAAAUGCAGUGGAACAAUUCUCUCCUACAAAGGCAACUAAGGCUCAAGUGUCUGACUUGAAAAAGCCUGAAGUUCUGUCUCUUGAAGAUGACUAUAAGCCGGCUGUAUUAGAGAAAUAUGAACCUGUUAGUAUUGAUAAAGCAAAACCAGAGAAACACACACCAGCCAUUGUCACACCGGACACUAAACCCGCCGAACAAAAGCCGUCUCUAGAAGAACCUAAGGAGGAGAAAAAGGUUCCCAGGAUGCAACCGCCUGCUCCAGGUGAACCACCCAAGAUCGAAGUUAUCCGGGAAAAGCGGCCAUCCCUUGCUCCGGAGCCGCCAAGUCGCCGGGGAUCUCUGAUACCACCAGCCGAUACAGGUCGCAGACCAUCUCUGAUCAUCAACGACGAGAAGAAACUCCGUCCUGGCGAAGUAAUGGACACGCGGUUGUUAAGGCCAGGCGAGGUCGGUGAAGGACAGCGGAGAAGACCGUCGAUCGAUGUGCGCCGUCCCAGCGUGCAAGAUCUAGAAGAUCUUAUAAACAAGCCUUCUACCCCAUUGCGCGAUGUCGGUGAUGGCGGUCCUCCCUCAAUUGUCGAUGUCCAAGAGUCGUACUCUGUCGUGGAAGACUCAACUGCCUACCUCACGGUUGGGGUCGAAGGCAGUCCAGCACCCACAUUCAAGUUCUACAAGGGAGUUAGUGAGAUUCUCGAGGGCGGUCGGUUUAAGUUCCUCACGGAUGGGCAGACAAACACAAUUACCUUGUGUAUGCGUAAGUGCAAGCCCAACGAUGAGAGCAAGUACAAGAUUGUUGUGUCAAACAUACACGGGGAGGAUUCAGCCGAGAUGCAGCUUUAUGUAUCAGAUUCUAGCGGCAUGGACUUCCGUGCCAUGCUCAAAAAACGACGUUAUCAAAAAUGGGACAAAGACGAACAGGACCCCAAUUGGGGUGACCUAAAAGAAACGGAAAAACCGUUGCCGGCCCUUAAAAAAGUCGAAAGGAAGGUUGAGUCAUUUCUCAGCCCACUUAUCGACCAGUUUGCAAAAGAGGGAAAGGACAAAAAGGUUGUGUUCGAAGCCCGAUUCAGCAAGCCCAAUUGCAAGCCCAAGUGGCUUUUCCGAAAAGACGAGGUGUUUACGGGCAGUAAAUUUAAGUUCAAACAAGAAAAUGAUACUUAUCAAUUAAUUAUAACGACCCCGAAAGUCGAGGACACCGGAAAGUAUACUAUUGAGAUCGGUGGUGUUUCAAGUACGGCAUUUUUGAAUGUCGAGGAAGCUGAUCCCACCUACACCUUUACCAAACCUCUUAAAAAGAAACUGGACGGCUUUACACAGCACGAGACCACUCUGGAGUGUUCUGUAAGCAGCAGUAUGGCCAAUGUGCAUUGGUUUAAGGAUAACACGAAAAUUGAGUCCGACGACCCUCGCUACCUUAUCUCCAAGGACAUAAAUGGCAACCUUAAGCUUAUUAUCAAAGAUUCAGUUCUCGAGGAUGCCGGCCUUUACAGAUGCCAGUUGGAUAAGCAACCUGAUAAGACUGAAUGCAACCUAAAGGUUACGGAGUACCCAUACAAGUUUGUUAAGGUCUUAAAAUCCCAGCAGUGCAUAGAAAAGGAUACCGUGACACUCGCCUGUGAAAUAGAUGAUGCAAUGGGUGAAGUGCAGUGGUUCCGCAACGGCGAAGAAAUAAAACCCGAUAAGAGAAUUCAAAUUGUAAAGGACGGUCGAAAGCGAAAGUUAGUCAUUAAGGACUGUAAGGUAACUGAUGCUGGACAAUUUAAGUGUACGACAAAUGCCGACUCCACAGAGGCAGAAAUAAUUAUUAACUAUCAAAACCGUUUCAACAAAAAACUCAAGGACACCGAUGCAGUUGAAAGGGAAAAGUUGGUUCUCGAGGUCGAGCUUCAGGAUCAGACGGCGCCUUGCGAUUGGAAAUUCAACGGGGAACCCAUCGUACCGAGUGAAAGUGUUGAGAUCAAAAACUUGGGUGGCGGCAAGCAUCAGUUAAUCUUCAACAGCCUAGAAAUGUCUAAUGAAGGCGAAAUAACUUGCGAGUCUGGCCAGCUUAGCUCAAAGUGCAAGCUUUCUAUUCGGAAAGGGGAAAGUAGACCGAACAUUGAUUGUCCUGAUGAAUUUGCCGGACCUAUCAGUGCACCUGUGGUUGUAGAAGUACCAUUCAAAGUUUCUGGUACAAAGCAAACACCGGUAGAGGCAAAAUUAUUGAAGGACGGCAAGCCAUUGCCUAUUAAAGACGUAGAAGUUGCAGUAACUGAUGACAAAGUCACAUUCAAAAUAAAGAAGCCGUCUAGAGAUUUAUCCGGUCCUUAUCAAAUUAAAAUUUCCAAUGGCCAGGGUGAAGAUACUAAAGACGUACAGAUUAUUUGCCAAGAUGUUCCACAGCCACCGCAGGAUAUUGAUAUUACAGACGUUUAUCAAACAUCGUGUGUAGUUAACUUUAAGCCGCCCACUGACGAUGGAGGCAGUCCAAUUUCCAAAUAUGUGAUCGAACGACAGGAUUUAAGUAAAAAACAAGGCUGGGAGCCUGUCGUUGACGUUCUGCCUUCUGAACCGUGUAAAAAGAAAAUCGACGAUUUGGUCCCAAAAAAACAGUACAGAUUCCGAAUUCGUGCUGUUAACAAAAUUGGCCCCUCUGAUCCAGCAACAUUCAAAAAUACAAUAUUAGCGAAAGAUCCAUGGGAUGAGCCUGGAAAGCCCAGGGAAGUUGACCUUACUGAUUGGGAUAAAGACCAUGCGGAUCUGAAGUGGGAAGCCCCCGAGAGUGACGGCGGAGAUCCCAUAACUGCUUAUAUUGUAGAAUACAAAGAAAAGUUCUCCAACGAUUGGGUAAAGGGAAAGGAAGUGGACGGCGAUGCAAGAGCUGCUACCGUUGAUGGACUGAAAGAGGGCCAACAGUACGAAUUCCGAGUCCGUGCUGUAAAUAAGGCAGGCCCAGGUGAACCUAGCGACAAAACUAAAUCCAUUAUUGCAAAAUGUCGUUUCGUAAAGCCCUUCCUUGUCGGGGAUGGCCUCAAAAACAUAACAGUAAAGAAGGGACAAACUAUUCGAUUCGAUGUCAAAUAUGACGGUGAGCCGGAACCUACCGCAACUUGGCUAAAGGGAACUGAUAACCUAAAGUUCGACAACCAGCGAAUUUGCUUAGAUCAAUUGGAAAGAAAUUCAUCAAUAACUAUUAAAAAAUCCGUCCGAAAGGAUACAGGCAAAUACAAAUUAGUACUGUCGAACAGUUCAGGCACAAUUGAGUCAGAAGCCAAUGUUGUGGUCCUCGAUCGACCUCUUGCACCUGGGGGACCAUUUGAACCUGAAGAGGUUCGAGCCAGCCAUAUUAAAAUGAAAUGGAAGCGUCCAGAGGAUGACGGUGGUUGUGAAAUAACUGGAUAUGCUUUAGAACGCAUGGACGAAGAGACGGGCCGCUGGAUUCCUGCCGGUGAAGUGGGUCCAAACGAAACCUCUUUCGACUUUAAGGGACUGACGCCUAACAAGAAAUACAAGUUCCGCGUCAAAGCUAUUAACAAAGAAGGCGAAUCAGAGCCACUAGAGACAUCGGAUUCCAUCUUGGCAAAGAACCCCUAUGACCCUCCAAGUCCACCCAGCCAACCAGUUAUUGAUGAUUACGAUAACAAGAGUGUUCUUUUAAAAUGGAAGCGACCUCCUUCAGAUGGCGGCCGUCCAAUAACCCACUACGUUGUUGAAAUUAAAGAUAAAUUUUCACCCACUUGGAGUGAAGUGGCGAAAACUGAGGACCCCACCCCAGAGUGUACGGUGGAUGGCCUAAAAGAAAAAAUGGUCUAUCAGUUCCGAGUGAGGGCAGUAAACAAGGCAGGUCCAUCGGAGCCUUCCCAGCCCACCGACAAUCACCUUUGCAAGCACAAAAAUCUUAAACCGCAAAUCGAUCGAUCUACCUUUAAACGAGUAACAAUUAAAAGUGGACGUACACAUAAAUGGUCAGUUGAUGUCAUCGGGGAACCAAUACCAGAACUUCACUGGAGUUGGAGGGAUGAUGUCCCAUUAACCAACGGAGACCGAAUAAAGAUAGUAAACGUAGACUAUCACACUGACUUCAGCAUAACAAAUGCUUUGCGUAAGGACAGCGGGUUCUAUACUUUAAAGGCAGAAAACCGUAAUGGCGUUGACAAAGAGACCGUGGAACUAGUUGUGCUGGGAAAACCUAGUGCACCAAAGGGUCCUCUUGCAGUAAGCGACGUCACUGCAAAUGGGUGCCAGCUGCAAUGGAAGAAACCUGAAGAUGAUGGUGGAGUACCGAUUAAGGAAUAUGUAGUAGAGAAAAUGGACACAGCAACGGGAAAAUGGGUUCGAGUUGGAAGAUCUGCUGGCGAUAAGGAGCCACCGAGCUUUGCGGUGACCGGCUUGAAUCCUGGAUCAGAGUAUAUGUUCCGCGUCUCUGCCGUAAAUGAGGAAGGGGAGUCGGAACCACUUACCACGUUGGUAGGCGUCGUAGCAAAGGAUCCGUUUGAUGAGCCCAACAAACCAGGAACUCCUGAGGUUACUGAUUAUGAUAAUCAAAGUGUGAGUUUGAAAUGGUCAGCACCUAGUAAUGACGGAGGAGCCCCGAUUCAGAAAUACAUAAUCGAAAAGAAAGAUAAAAAUAAGCCUGAUUGGGAAAAGGCUUUAGAAAUACCGGGAGACCAACUGGAAGCCACAGUCGCGGGUCUUCAGGAAUAUGGUGAAUAUCAGUUCCGUGUAAUAGCAGUAAACAAAGCCGGACUAUCACCUCCAUCAGAUGCUAGUGUCCCUCAGAUUGUGAAAUAUAAAAAAUUAAAACCUCGCAUCGACCGAACAAACUUAAAACCCUUGUUGAUUCGCGCCGGAAAACCUAUCAAAUACGAUGUUAAUGUUCGUGGUGAGCCCGCACCUACAAUAACAUGGUAUCAAAAUGAUACAGAGCUUAAGCCGGAGGAAUUACCAAGCAGCAGUGAAAUUAAGAACAUCCCAUACAAUACAAAGAUUUCUAUAAUUGAUACUGUUCGUAAACAUACGGGCAUUUAUAAAAUAGUUGCUGUAAAUGAACACGGCCAGGAUGAAGCUACUGUUGAGGUCAACAUUCUAGCACCACCAGGAAAACCCAAGGGACCUUUGGAUGUUAAGGAUGUAACAAAAGACAGCUGUAAACUAAAAUGGAAAAAACCUGAUGACGAUGGUGGGAAACCAAUUUCAGCAUAUCAGGUUGAAAAGUUUGAUAAAAAACAAGGUCGAUGGGUACCGGUCGGACGCACCUCAGGCAAUGAUACCGAAUUUGAUGUACGUGGUCUUCAAGAAGGGCACGAAUAUCAGUUUCGGGUCAAGGCAAUAAAUGAGGAGGGAGAAUCUGAACCUCUGGAAACAGAUGGCAGUAUUAUAGCGAAAAAUCCCUAUGAUGCUGCCACUAAGCCAGGUACACCCAAAAUUGAGGAUUACAACGAGCAUAUGGUAAAGUUGAGCUGGGAACCACCCAAGUCUGAUGGAGGUGCUCCAAUCAUUAAUUACAUAAUUGAAAAGAAAGAUAAAUUCUCACCCAUUUGGGAUGAAGUGCUUGUCACCAAUACUUCCGCCCCUGAAGCAACUGUUGAAGGUCUUAUUGAAGGCAAUGUAUACCAAUUUCGAGUAAGGGCAGUAAAUAAAGCCGGCCCCAGCGAACCCAGCGAUGCAACCGAACCUCAUUUGGCUAAGCCGAAAAAUCUUAAGCCAUGUAUAAACAGAGAAAAAAUGAAGCCCAUCAAAGUUCGUGCUGGUCAAACGGUUAAAUUUGAUGUAGACGUUAAGGGAGAGCCGGCGCCUACCUUGACUUGGUUCUUUAAAGAGACCGAACUAUCGCCCACGGGGCAAGUACGGUUAGAAAAUGAAGACUACAAUACCAAACUUACAUUACUAGAUCCAACUCGCAAGCAAAGUGGAGAGUAUAAGCUACGUGCUGAAAAUAUAAAUGGCAUAGACGAAGCUGUGGUCGAAGUCAUUAUAUUAGAUAAGCCCUUAAAGCCGGAAGGUCCGUUGGAGGUUUCUGAUAUUCACAAGGAAGGCUGCAAGCUUAAAUGGAAAAAGCCAAAGGAUGAUGGAGGCUUACCCAUCACAGGCUAUGUAGUAGAAAAAAUGGAUACAGCCACUGGUAAAUGGGUUCCAGCCGGUUCGGUUGAUCCAGAAAAGACUGAUAUUGAAAUAAAGGGUUUGGAACCAAAUCAUCGCUAUCAGUUCAGAGUUAAGGCUGUUAACGAGGAGGGUGACUCAGAACCCCUGGAAACUGAGUCAGCUAUUACUGCCAAAAAUCCAUUCGAUGUGUCUGCUCCCCCUGGGCUACCGGAGCUUGAGGACUGGGAUGAGCACCAUGUUAAACUGAAAUGGGAGCCCCCCAUUCGAGAUGGUGGCUCUCCUAUUACCAGUUAUGUGAUUGAAAUAAUGGAUAAAGAUUCGGGAGAAUUUGUAAAAGCUAUCGAAACAGAUAGUCCAGUUUGUAAGGGCGUAGUCAAAAAGCUUGAAGAAGGACAGCAGUACAAAUUCAGAGUUCGUGCGGUCAACAAGGCGGGUCUAUCUGACCCAUCGGAGCAAACUAAUUGGCACAUAGCAAAGCCUCGAUUCUUGAAACCAUAUAUUGACCGAACAAAUUUAAAACCCCUGGUCGUUAAAACUGGUUUAUCAAUUAGCUUGGAUAUUAACAUAAAGGGGGAGCCAGCUCCGAAAGUGGAAUGGUUCUUCAAUGGUUUGCCCUUAGAAAGCAUCGAGGGAAGUCUAAAAAUCGAUAACGUUGAUUACAAUACAAAAUUCUUUGUUAUGCGCGCUCAGAGAUCUCAAAGCGGGAAGUAUACCAUAAAAGCUACAAACGAAGUUGGUGAAGACGAAGCUGAACUGAAUGUUACAGUCCUGGGCAAGCCAGGGAAACCAAAAGGUCCUCUGCAAACCAAUGAUAUAACCAAACACAGCUGCAAGCUUAAGUGGGAAAAACCAGAUGAUGAUGGCGGUACGCCUAUUGACUACUACGAAAUAGAAAAACUUGAUCCCCACACUGGUCAGUGGUUACCAUGUGGAAAAAGUACUGAACCUGAGGCGAAGGUGAUUGGCCUUCAGGAAGGAAAGCCAUAUAAGUUCCGUGUAAGAGCCGUUAACAAAGAAGGGGAAUCUGAAGACUUGGAAACAGAAAAACCAAUUAUUGCGAAAAAUCCCUUUGAUGAACCAGACAAGCCUGGCAGACCCGAACCCACUAAUUGGGAUAAAGAUUUCGUCGACUUGUCGUGGGAUCCGCCGAAGAACGAUGGUGGGGCACCAAUCCAAAAAUAUAUUAUACAGAUGAGAGAUAAGUCUGGCCGUGCUUGGGUGGACGCUGCUACAGUUCCUGGAGAUAAAAAUAAUGGUACUGUUACCGGUGUAGAAGAAGGACAUGAAUACGAGUUUCGAAUUGUGGCCGUUAACAAGGCAGGACCAAGUGACCCUAGCGAUGUUUCAAAAACAGUUGUAGCCAAACCUCGAUUCCUGAAACCACAUAUUGAUCGAAAGAAUCUCAGUAAAAAAAUUAUGCGCAGCGGGCAAAUGCUGCAUAUGGAGGCCGCAGUGAAAGCAGAGCCUCCGGCUAAAAUAACAUGGACUUAUAAUGGAACUGAAAUAAAAUCUUCUGAACACAUAAAAAUAGAAAACGAAGACUAUAAAACUACAUUCAUUAUGCCAAAAGUGAAAAGAGUUGAUCGAGGCAUUUAUAUCGUCACUGCUAAAAAUGAUUCUGGUACCGACACGGUAGAAGUGGAGCUGGAGGUGCUAUGCAAGCCAAGUAAGCCCAAGGGCCCGCUAGCUGUAUCUGAUGUAACGGCCGAUAGUGUGCACCUUAAAUGGGAGAAGCCUGAAGAUGAUGGCGGAGAGCCCAUAGAGCAGUAUGUCGUCGAACGCAUGGAUACGGAAACUGGUCGUUGGGUUCCUGUUCUUACAACUAAGUCCCCUGAAGCCGAUGUGACAGGUCUAACGGAAGGCAAGGAAUAUCUGUUUAGAGUAAAAGCUAUUAAUUCUGAGGGCGAAUCAGAACCUUUAGUAACUGAAACUCCGACGAAAGCCAAGAAUCCGUUCGAUGCUGCCGACACCCCUGGUAAGCCGCAAAUCAUUGAUUGGUCAGCUAACCACUGUGAUAUUAAGUGGAGGGCUCCAGAAGACGAUGGCGGAGCUCCGAUCACCGGCUAUAUCGUCGAAAGAAAAGACCCCAAUACAGGAAAGUGGCAAAAAGCUCUUGAAACUAAUACGCCUGAAUGUAAAGCCCGUGUUAACGACCUAAUCUCAGGCAACAAGUACCAGUUUAGAGUUCAAGCAGUUAACAAGGCAGGGAAAAGCAAGCCCUCCGAACCUUCAGACCAGAUGACAGCAAAGGAUAGAUUUGCCCCACCCAAAAUUGAUAGAACCAACAUCAAGGAUAUUACGAUUAAGGCUGGACAACACAUUCGGUACGACAUUAAAGUGUCCGGAGAACCUCCUGCUACAAAAGUUUGGUUGCAUAACAAAGUUCGACUUGAAAAUGACGAUGAUGACUACAAUAUUGAUAUGGAGUCCUAUCGAACUAAACUAGCAGUGCCAUUUUCAAAGCGAUUCCAUUCUGGAAAAUACACUCUUAAAGCCGAAAAUGAUUCUGGACGCGACGAGGCUUCAUUUGAAAUCAUUGUGUUGGACAAGCCAGCGCCACCAGAUGGACCUCUGAGAGUUUCAGAUGUACACAGUGAAGGAUGCAAGCUAAAAUGGAACCCUCCCCUAGACGAUGGAGGGUUGCCGAUAGAACACUAUAUUGUUGAAAAAAUGGACGUCGAGAAUGGGCGAUGGCUGCCAUCUGGUCGCUUUAAGGAACCCUUCGCUGAGUUAAACAAUUUAGAGCCUGGUCAUGAAUACAAGUUCCGGGUACUCGCAGUUAACACUGAAGGUGAAUCGGAACCUUUGAAUGGAGAUCAUUCCAUUAUAGCUAAAAAUCCUUUCGACGAGCCUGGAAAGCCAGGAACUCCAGAAGCUGUAGACUGGGAUAAAGAUCAUGUGGACUUGGUGUGGAAGCCACCAAUUAACGAUGGUGGAUCCCCUAUCACUGACUACGUAGUUGAAAAACGCGAAAAGGGUACUGACAAAUGGAUAAAAGGAGCAGAAGUUAAAGCUCCUGGCCUUGGCGAUGAGUGCAAAGCGACUGUGCCAAAUCUAAACGAAAACUGUGAAUAUGAAUUUCGAAUUAAAGCAGUUAAUGCAGCAGGGCCCGGCAAACCAUCUGACGCAAGCAAACCUGUUAUUACCAAGCCAAGAAAAUUGGCUCCGAAAAUUGACCGGAAAAAUAUUCGAACAUAUAACAUGAAGGCUGGAGAACCAAUAUUCUUGGAUAUUAAUGUCAGUGGCGAACCCGCCCCGGAUGUUACUUGGAAUCAAAACAACAAAUCUAUUCAUAACACUAGUUAUGUGCAGAAUAUUCCCUAUAACACCAAAUACGUAAAUAACAAACCAGAAAGGAAAGAUACAGGACUCUACAAAAUCUCUGCACACAACCUUUAUGGUCAGGACCAAGUAGAAUUCCAAAUAAAUAUUAUUACUAAACCUGGCCAGCCUGAAGGUCCUUUAGAAGUUUCAGAUGUACACAAGGAUGGUUGUAAGCUAAAGUGGAAAAAACCAAAGGACGAUGGAGGUGAACCAAUAGAGGGUUACCUAGUAGAAAAAUUCGACCCAGAUACGGGUAUUUGGUUGCAAAUUGGCAAAUCCGAUGUACCAGAUUUCAACGUUGACGGCCUAGUCCCAGGACACGAGUACAAAUUCCGAGUAAAGGCUAUUAACAAGGAGGGUGAAUCAGAACCAUUAGAAACUUUGAGUUCAAUUAUUGCUAAAGAUCCCUUUACUGUUCCAUCGAAGCCUGGUAUUCCAGAACCUACUGAUUGGACUGCAAAUAAAGUAGACCUCGCGUGGCCAGAACCUGCCAGUGAUGGAGGAUCGCCAAUUACAGGCUAUAUAAUUGAGGUAAAAGACAAGUACAGCCCUCUUUGGGAAAAGGCGUUAGAAACAGAUUCUCCAACACCCAUAGCAACUGUUCAAGGUCUGAUUGAAGGAAAUGAAUACCAGUUUCGGGUUGUUGCUUUAAAUAAAGGUGGUCAAUCAGAGCCCUCAGAUCCAAGCAAAGUCUUUAUAGCCAAGCCGCGCUACUUGGCUCCCAAAAUAGACCGUAGAAAUCUCCGUGAUAUUACUCUAUCGUCGGGAACCGCUCUUAAACUAGAUGCAACCAUAACAGGAGAGCCAGCUCCAAAAGUUGAGUGGAAAUUUUCCAAUUAUCAUUUGCAAUCAGGCAAAAAUGUUACAAUCGAGACUCCUGACUACUACACGAAAUUAGUUAUUCGACCAACGCAGCGUAGUGACUCAGGAGAAUAUUUGGUCACAGCAACAAACAGUUCCGGAAAGGACAGUGUGCUUAUAAAUGUGGUUAUUACAGACAAACCUACCCCUCCCAAUGGACCCCUACAAAUAUCCGAUAUACACAAAGAGGGUUGCCACCUUAAAUGGAAGCGUCCCAGUGACGAUGGAGGUACUCCAAUUGAGUAUUUCCAAAUCGACAAAUUAGAUCCCGAAACUGGAUGCUGGAUUCCUUCCUGUCGCUCAACCGAACCACAAGUAAAUGUUACUGGUCUUACUCCUGGAAACGAAUACAAGUUUCGUGUAUCAGCUGUAAAUGCUGAAGGUGUAUCACAGCCUUUGGUUGGUGAGGAAGCUAUAAUAGCCAAAAAUCCUUUCGAUGAACCUGGCAAACCAGAAAAUCUUAGGGCAAUCGAUUGGGAUAAGGACCACAUUGAUUUGUCGUGGUCUCCACCUAUUACUGACGGUGGAUCUCCCAUUACUGGCUAUGUUGUUGAAAAGAAAGAUAAGUAUGGUAAGUGGGAGAAAACAAUUGAGGUUCCAGCUGAUCAAUGUAAAGCAACUGUUCCGGAUCUUGUCGAGGGUCAAGCUUAUGAGUUCCGAGUUUCUGCUGUCAACGCUGCUGGACUUGGAGAGCCAUCUGACGCCACACCACCGAUAAUUGCAAAGGCUCGAAACAAGCCUCCUCUUAUAGAUAGGACUAACCUUAUCGAAGUACGCAUUAAAGCUGGACAAGCAUUCGCAUUCGAUUGCAAGGUGUCUGGGGAGCCAGCUCCUAAAACAAAAUGGAUUUUAAAGAAAAAAGAAGUGUAUACAAAAGACAACAUUAAAGUUACCCAUGUUGACUACAACACAAAAUUAAAGGUUACUGCAGCAACCCGAUCAAAUUCAGGUGUAUACACAGUGCAUGCAGAAAAUGCCAAUGGAGAAGACAGUGCCGAAGUUAGUGUAACUGUUAUAGACAAGCCUUCACCGCCGAAUGGUCCUCUCAAGAUUGAUGACAUAAAUGCAGAGUCUUGUGUUCUGAGCUGGAGCCCACCAGAUGAUGACGGAGGACAACCAAUAGAUAAUUACGUUGUUGAAAAAUUAGAUGAAGUAAAUGGUCGUUGGGUACCAGCUGGGGAAACCGACGGACCAACCCCGAGUCUUAAAGUUAAGGGUCUUACCCCAGGUCAUAAAUACAAGUUUAGAGUGCGCGCCAAAAAUCGGCAAGGAACAUCCGAUCCUCUAACAGCACCACACGCGAUUGAGGCCAAAAAUCCAUAUGAUGAACCGGAAAAACCUGGCACACCAACAAUAAAAGACUUUGACAAAGACUUCGUAGACUUAGAAUGGAGCAGACCACAGAGUGAUGGUGGAUCUCCUAUCACCGGAUACAUAAUUGAGAAACGCGACAAGUAUUCCCCCGAUUGGGAGAAAUGCGCAGAGAUUUUUGAUGAUGUCCCCAAUGGUCACGUUCCAGAUCUAAUUGAAGGCGUUAAAUAUGAGUUCCGUGUCAGAGCAGUGAAUAAGGCCGGACCUGGAACUCCCAGUGAUCCAACUGAACCACACAUUGCUCGCCCCAAAAAUUUACCACCCAAGAUUGAUCGUAAUUUUAUGUCAGAUAUCAAAAUCAAAGCAGGUCACGUAUUGGAAUUUGAUGUCCCAGUUACUGGGGAGCCUUUGCCAAGUAAGGAAUGGACACACGAAGGCAAUAUGGUAAUCAAUACAGACCGAGUGAAAGUUUCGAAUUCCGAUGACCGCACCAAGUUACGAAUACUUGAUGCUAAACGGUCAGAUACAGGGGAUUAUUCAUUAAUUGCUCGUAACAUAAACGGGACAGAUAGACAUACAGUCAAGGUUACUGUCCUGGAUGUACCAAGCGUGCCUGAAGGCCCGUUGCGCAAUGGUGAUGUAACCAAAAACUCUAUGGUUCUGCGAUGGCGGCCACCCAAGGAUGAUGGUGGGUCAGAGAUAACGCAUUAUGUUGUGGAAAAAAUGGAUAAUGAGGCCAUGCGCUGGGUGCCUGUUGGUGAAUGCGCUGAUACCGAGAUCCGGGCUGAUAAUCUAAUCGAAAAUCAUGACUACAGUUUUAGGGUGAGAGCUGUCAACAAACAGGGACAAUCCCAACCACUAACAACUUCUCAGCCCAUUACUGCCAAGGAUCCCUUCUCUCAUCCCGACAAGCCUGGGCAACCUCAAGCUGUCGACUGGGGUAAAGAUUUCGUGGACUUGGAAUGGGCUGCCCCCAAGAGAGAUGGCGGUGCCCCCGUUUCUUCAUAUAUCAUUGAAAAAAGACCAAAGUUUGGUCAGUGGGAACGCGCUGCCGUUGUUCCAGGAGAUGACUGUAAGGCUCACAUACCGGAUCUUACAGACGGUGGAGAAUACGAAUUCCGGGUAAUUGCCGUGAACCGAGGUGGGCCUAGUGAUCCAUCUGAUCCAUCAAGCACUAUUAUUUGCAAGCCCCGAUUCCUUGCUCCAUUCUUUGAUAUGUCACUUUUCAAUGACAUAACAGUUCAUGCCGGAAAGCCUUUGGGAUGGACUUUGCCAAUCGAGGCAUCUCCAAAACCAUCUAUAAAAUGGCUGUUCAAUGGAAAAGAAAUCGGCACAAACUCGCGUGGAGAGUCAAAUCUUUUCCAAAAUGAACUUUCAUUUGAAAUUCCAUCAUCACUUAGAAGUGACGAAGGACGGUACACGUUAAUUCUAAAGAAUGAGCACGGAUCUUUCGAUGCCUCUGCUCACGCCACUGUUUUGGAUCGACCAUCGCCUCCUAAGGGCCCUCUGGAUAUAACAAAGAUUACCAGAGAUGGAUGCCACCUUUCUUGGAAUGUUCCAGAAGAUGACGGUGGUUCACCUAUUUUGCAUUAUAUUAUCGAAAAAAUGGACUUGUCUCGGGGCACAUGGUCUGAUGCUGGCAUGAGUACACAUACAGUUCAUGACGUAACUCGACUUGUUCACCGCAAAGAAUACUUGUUCCGCGUCAAAGCUGUCAAUGCAAUCGGAGAAUCUGAUCCCCUAGAAGCGGCAAAGAGUAUAAUUGCUAAAAACGAGUUUGAUGAGCCUGAUGCACCUGGAAAACCAAAUAUUACUGAUUGGGAUCGUGAUCAUGUUGACUUACAAUGGCCUGUGCCAAAGUACGAUGGCGGAGCUCCCAUUACGGAAUACAUAAUUCAGAAAAAGGAAAAGGGCAGCCCUUACUGGACUAAUGUAUUGCAUGUUCCUUCAAAUAAGAACACGGCUACAGUUCCAGAGCUCACCGAGGGUCAGGAGUAUGAAUUUAGAGUAAUUGCAGUUAAUCAAGCAGGACAGUCGGAGCCUUCAGAGCCGUCCGAUAUGAUAAUGGCAAAACCACGGUUCCUGCCACCAAAAAUAAUUUCUCCUCUUAAUGAAAUUCGUAUAAAAUGUGGGCUUAUAUUCCAUACAGAUAUUGAUUUUAUCGGUGAGCCAGCACCAGAAGCAAUAUGGACUGUUAAUGGCAAUGCAUUAAAAUCCGACGACAGGUCAACCAUAACUUCGAUAGGACACCACACCGUAGUACACACUGUUAACUGCCAACGGUCAGACUCCGGAAUCUACCACUUACUUCUUCGAAAUAGUUCAGGAGUAGAUGAAGGCAGUUUCGAACUUAUUGUGCUUGACCGUCCUGGGCCCCCAGAUGGUCCGAUGGAGUAUGAAGAAAUAACAGCAAACUCUGUGACCAUAUCAUGGAAACCCCCUAAGGACAACGGAGGGUCUGAAAUUUCAUCCUAUAUUAUAGAAAAGCGCGAUCUUACGCAUGGCGGUGGAUGGGUACCGGCAGUAAAUUAUGUUAAUGCUAAGUACAACCAUGCCGUGGUUCCCAGACUACUGGAAGGAACAAAGUAUGAAUUUAGAGUGAUGGCAGAAAACCUACAAGGUCGCUCCGAUCCACUUACAUCCGACCACCCUGUGGUUGCCAAAAACCAAUACACUGUUCCGGGGGCACCUGGCAAACCAGAACUUAAAGAUAGCGACAAAGAUCAUAUAUCAAUCAAAUGGAAAGAACCAAUAAGUACUGGUGGAUCGCCUAUAAUUGGUUAUGAUAUUGAACGCCGCGACAUUAACACAGGACGAUGGAUAAAAAUAAAUGGACAGCCAGUACCCAAUACAGAAUACCUAGACGACAGGGUAACUGCAAAUCAUCAAUAUCAAUAUAGAAUAUCGGCCGUUAAUGCUGCCGGUAACGGAAAGGCUUCUGAGCCAUCGGCAAUACUCGAUGCUCGUCCACUGCGCGAAAAGCCAAGAAUUUAUUUGGAUGGUCUGCUAGGAAGGCGUGUUAAAGUUCGUGCAGGUGAGCCUAUUAAUAUAUCGCUUCCAAUAUCCGGUGCUCCUACACCUACAAUUGAAUGGAAACACAAAGAUUUGAAGCUAGAGGAAGGAAAACGUGUAUCCUAUGAGACUAACUCGGAGAGAACUACAUUCCGCAUUGACGACUCAAACAGGCGAGAUACUGGAAAAUACACUGUGACCGCCUCCAAUGAGUUUGGUAAAGACACAGCUGAUAUUGAGGUAAUUGUCGUAGACAAACCAUCUCCACCUGAAGGACCGUUGAGCUACACGGAGACAGCCCCAGAUCACAUAUCCUUGCAAUGGAACCCGCCCAAAGACGACGGUGGCAGCGAUAUAACGGGAUACAUUGUUGAAUUCACCGAGUUUGGCGUAGAUGGUUGGAAGCCAGUGCCAGGCUUUUGUCCCAAGACAAACUACACUGUGAAAGGUCUUACAGAAGGAAAAAAAUAUGUUUUCCGUGUAAGGGCUGAAAACAUUUAUGGUGCAUCCGAACCUCUUGAAGGCAAGCCGGUAUUAGCCAAGUCUCCUUUCGAUCCUCCAGGUGCCCCAUCUCAGCCAACCAUUGCAGCAUAUUCGCCGAACUCGGCCACCUUGGAGUGGCAUCCACCAGAAUACUGUGGUGGUAAGCCUAUAUCUGGCUACAUUGUCGAGCGACGAGAGCGCGGCGGUGAAUGGAUUAAGUGUAACAAUUAUCCCACACCCAACACAACAUAUACCGUGCCAGAUCUUCGAGAAGGAGCUCGUUACGAGUUCCGCAUAAUCGCAUUAAAUGAGGCUGGACCUGGCCAACCAUCAAAACCAUCAGAGCCAAUGACUGCUGAACUUCAGCGCUAUCGUCCAGAUCCACCUGAGCCACCAAAACCAGAUCGUAUCUUUAGGGAUAGUGUAACAUUGUCUUGGCGACCACCUCGCAACGAUGGAAAAUCUAGAAUUAAAGGAUAUUAUAUCGAAAUGCGACCCAAAAACAGUAAAGAUUGGAAAACAGUUAACGAUUUACCUAUUAAUUCAACCGUGUACACUGUACCAAAUCUAAAGGAAAAAGAGGAGUAUUCAUUCCGUGUUAUCGCUGAAAACGAAGUUGGCCGAUCUGAUCCAUCCAAGCCCUCGCAACCCAUCACGAUUGAGGAACAGCCAAACAAACCUUGCAUGGAAUUAGGCGGUGUUCGAGAUAUAGUGUGCAGAGCUGGAGACGAUUUCAGCAUUCAUGUUCCCUACAUAGCUUUCCCCAAGCCUAGCGCCACUUGGUAUUCCAACGAUACUGUGCUAGAUAACGACAAUCGGGUUUAUCAACAUUUGACUGAUGAAGCAGCAUCGUUUGUGGUAAAGAACUCAAAACGUUCAGACUCAGGCCAAUAUCGACUACAGUUAAAAAAUCCAUCCGGGUUUGAUACAGCCACCAUUAAUGUUAAGGUAUUGGAUAAACCAUCCCCGCCAAUGCACUUACGUGCUGAUGAGUUUGCUGGAGAUUCUCUUACAUUGUAUUGGAAUCCACCAAAGGAUGACGGCGGCUCCCCUAUUCAAAACUACAUUAUUGAAAAGAAAGAAUCUCGCUCGCCCUCUUGGAGCAAGGUAAGCAGCUUCUGCACAGUUCCAUUUGUUAGAGUUCGAAAUCUUACAAUCGGUAAAGACUAUGAAUUCCGCGUAAUAGCUGAGAAUAAAUAUGGGCAAUCAGAUCCGGCUAAUACAUCGGAGCCCAUAAGAGCGAGACAUCCGUUUGAUGUUCCUAAUGCUCCCGGUAUACCUCAUGGCAUUGAUUCAACAGAGGAUAGUAUAACAAUAGCAUGGGCAAAACCAAAGCAUGAUGGUGGUUCUCCUAUAACCGGCUACGUUAUAGAGAAGCGCUUGCUAAGCGAUGACAAAUGGACCAAAGCAGUUCAUGCUCUUUGCCCAGAUCUAACUUGUAAAAUACCAGGCCUUAUUGAAAAUGCUGAAUACGAGUUCAGGGUAGCUGCAGUUAAUGCAGCCGGACAAUCGGCUUAUAGUGGCUCUAGCGACCUUAUUUAUUGUCGCAGGCCACCUCAUGCUCCCAAGAUUACUUCCGAUUUAUCAAUUCGUGAUAUGACGGUAAUUGCAGGAGAUGAGUUCCACAUAACAGUACCUUAUCAUGCAAAUCCGCGACCUACGCCAUCAUGGAGUGUAAAUGGUAUUGAUGUUGUUCCCGACGAGCGGAUUAGGUUUGACACUGACGAUUAUAGUUCGGUUUAUUACAACAAAUCAGCAAAACGAAGUGAGUCUGGCUCGUACACUAUUACACUUACGAACAAUAAGGGAUCAGAUACUGCCUCAUGUCAUGUUACUGUGGUGGACAGGCCAGGACCUCCUCAGGGUCCUUUAAAUGCCUACGACAUUACCCCAGAUUCUUGCACCCUAUGUUGGAAAACGCCACUCGAUGAUGGUGGUUCACCGAUCACAAACUAUGUCGUUGAAAAACUGGACAAUAGUGGCACUUGGGUUAAGGUAAGCAGUUUUGUUCGUAAUACUCACUACGAUGUUAUGGGCUUGGAACCUCAACACAAGUAUCACUUCCGCGUGAGAGCAGAAAAUCAAUAUGGCUUGUCCGAUCCUGUGGACAUUGACGAGCCCAUCGUUGCCAAGCAUCAAUUCACAGUCCCAGAUGAGCCUGGUCAACCAAAGGUUAUCGACUGGGACUCUGGAAACGUUACACUAAUCUGGACUCGACCAGCCAGUGAUGGCGGGUCUCGCAUUCAAGGUUACCAAAUUGAAUAUCGAGACAUUGUAAACGACUCUUCUUGGAAUACUUAUGACUAUCUGAUAAAAGACACUAAAUACCAGCUCUAUAAUUUAGUCAACGGUAGCGAAUACGAGUUCCGUAUAAGGGCGAAGAACGUUGCCGGCUUAAGCAAGCCUUCACCCCCAUCGUUGAGAUUUAAGCUAAAGGGAAAAUUCAGUGUACCCUCGCCACCUGGUACCCCGCAAGUGACAAGAGUCGGUAAAAAUUAUGUGGAUUUGAAAUGGGAAAAACCUAUACGUGAUGGAGGCUCUCGGAUUACGGGCUACAUUAUUGAACGAAGGGACAUAGGUGGAGCCGUAUGGGUGAAAUGUAAUGAUUACAAUGUUUUGGAUACUGAAUACACCGUUAUAAACCUGAUCGAGAUGGGAGACUAUGAGUUCCGUAUAUUUGCUGUCAAUGCCGCUGGGCGCUCGGAAGCAAGUUUGGGUACGAUGCCGAUCAAGGUUUGCGAGGUUCUUGGUGGUGAAAAACCAGAAUGGGUUUCACGACUUCAAGACAGAGUCGCACCCUAUGGAAAGGAUUAUACAUUGCAAUGUGCCGCCUCAGGUAAACCCAGUCCAACCGCUAGGUGGCUUCGCAAUGGAAAGGAAAUUCAAAUGGGUGGUGACCGUAUUACUUGCGAUAGUAAGGAAGGUGUUUUCCGACUGCACAUAUCUAAUGUGCAAGCUGGAGACGAUGGUGACUACACAUGUGAGGCAAUGAAUUCUCUGGGUUUUGUGCACACCUCAGGUUAUCUGAAAAUUGGAUCACCACCAAUUAUUAACAGAUGUCCCAACGAACUCUACUUACCUGAAGGAGACAAUACAAAGAUAAAAGUCUACUAUUCUGGCGACCAGCCAAUUACUGUGAUAUUAAAAAGAAACAAUGAAGUCAUAUCUGAUAGCAACGAUGAAACGCAUAUAAAGGUAAACUUAUUUGACGAUUAUAUAGCGAUUUGUAUUCGUGAUAUUGUUAAAAGUGAUGCCGGCCAAUAUCAAAUUGAAAUUUCAAAUGACUCUGGUAACGCGACCGCUCAAUUUGAUGUACACAUAACUGGCUUACCCUCAGCGCCCACAGGGCCUAUGGGAAUAUCUUACAUUACCAAAAACUCCUGUUCGUUGGCUUGGCGUCCACCUUCCUACGAUGGUGGUCUUAAAGUGACUCACUACGUAGUCGAGCGGAAGGAUGUGGCGUCACCACAUUGGAUUACAGUUUCAAGCACCUGCAAAGAUACCGCCUUCAAUGUCCAAGGUCUUAUCGAGAACCAAGAAUAUAUCUUCCGUGUAAUGGCUGUUAAUGAGAACGGAAUGGGUCCACCCCUUGAGGGCUUAAAUCCUAUCCGAGCCAAGGCACCAAUUGAUCCACCCUCACCACCAGGCAUUCCUCAAAUUACUGAGAUUGGAGGAGACUUUGUGCAUUUGGAGUGGAGUAAGCCGGAAUCGGAUGGCGGUGCUCACAUUCAAGGCUACUGGAUCGACAAACGGGAAGUUGGUAUGGAUACGUGGCAGCGUGUUAACGCUACUAUUUGUGCAGCCAAUCAAGCAAACUGUAUCAAUCUAAUCGAAGGCCGGCAAUACGAGUUCCGAGUCUUUGCUCAGAAUGUCGCAGGUCUUUCAAAAGAAUCUUCCGCUUCCCAAGCGGUCAAAAUAAUUGAUCCAAAAGCGGCUUCGCCUCCAUUGAUUGUGAAACCGCUACGCGACGCCAAUUGCAUUCAAAAUCACAACGCACAGUUCACAUGUACGAUAAGUGGUGUUCCUAGGCCAACUAUAACAUGGUAUAAGGGUGCUCGCGAAAUCAGUAAUGGAGCACGAUAUCACAUGUACUCAGAAGGUGACAAUCACUUCUUAAAUAUCAAUGAUAUAUUUGGCGAAGAUGCUGACGAAUAUGUUUGCCGCGCAGUGAACAAGGCUGGAGCGAAAUCAACACGAGCGGCUUUGGCCAUUAUGACUGCCCCUAAAUUAAAUGUUCCACCGCGAUUCAGAGAUACGGCUUACUUCGAUAAGGGCGAAAAUGUUGUAAUCAAAAUACCCUUCACUGGCUUCCCAAAGCCACGCAUACAUUGGGUUAGGGAAGGUGAAAACAUCGAGUCCGGUGGUCAUUACAAUGUGGAAAUCAAGGAGAGACAUGCUGUUCUCGUAAUUCGUGACGGAUCACGUUUGGACUCGGGACCAUAUAGGAUAACAGCAGAAAAUGAGCUGGGUUCGGAUGCAGCAAUAAUACAAGUGCAAAUAAGUGAUCGUCCAGAUCCGCCGCGAUUCCCCACAAUUGAAAGUAUUGGUGCUGAUUCAUUGUCUCUCAGCUGGAAAGCACCUGUCUGGGACGGUGGCAGCGACAUAACAAAUUAUUACGUUGAGCGUCGUGAACAUCCGCUAUCUUCAUGGAUACGUGUGGGAAAUACUCGAUUUACAUCCAUGGCUGUUAGCGGAUUAACUCCAGGAAAAGAGUAUGAUUUCCGCAUAUUUGCUGAUAAUGUCUAUGGACGCUCAGAACCUUCUGAACCUAGUACUCUGAUCAAAACUAAGUCUAUUAUUAAAAAGAAACAGGAAGAACGUAAAUGGGAGCUAGAUGCAAAUGGCAAAAAAGUACGCGGCAAAGCAGACGGCCCAAUUAAAGACUACGAUUCGUAUGUGUUUGACAUUUACUCCAAAUUUGUGCCGCAACCAGUUGAAAUAUCUCAGCAAAGUGUCUACGACAAAUAUGAUAUCCUUGAAGAAAUCGGUACAGGCGCUUUUGGGGUGGUGCACCGCUGUCGUGAAAGAAGCACUGGAAAUAUUUUUGCUGCCAAGUUCAUUCCAGUAUCUCAUUCAGUCGAAAAGGAUUUGAUUCGUCGAGAAAUAGAUAUAAUGAAUCAACUGCACCAUCAAAAGCUUAUUAAUCUGCACGACGCUUUUGAAGAUGAUGAUGAAAUGGUUUUAAUCUUGGAAUUCUUAUCUGGUGGUGAAUUAUUUGAACGCAUCACUGCCGAAGGAUACGUAAUGACUGAAGCUGAAGUUAUAAACUAUAUGAGGCAAAUUUGCGAGGGAAUCAGACAUAUGCACGAGAAGAAUAUUAUUCACUUGGAUAUAAAGCCAGAGAAUAUUAUGUGUCAAACUCGCUUAAGCACAAAUGUUAAGCUCAUAGAUUUUGGAUUAGCGACAAGACUAGAUCCGAAUGAAGUUGUCAAAAUUACAACAGGUACAGCGGAGUUCGCUGCUCCGGAAAUCGUCAACAGGGAGCCUGUGGGCUUCUAUACUGAUAUGUGGGCUACUGGAGUAUUGGCUUAUGUUUUGCUAAGCGGAUUAUCACCAUUCGCUGGCGACAAUGAUGUCCAAACAUUAAAGAACGUAAAAGCAUGCGAUUGGGAUUUCGAUGCAGAAUCAUUUAAGUACAUAUCUGAAGAGGCGAAGGAUUUCAUAAGGAAGUUGCUUAUUGCCAACAAAGAAAAGCGUAUGACCGCACAUGAAUGCCUUAUACAUCCUUGGCUUACUGGAGAUCACAGUGGUAUUACACAGGCAAUUAACCGCGAUCGUUACCUAGCCUACCGUCAACAAUUAAGAAAGAAAUACGAAGACUUUGAAAGGUAUCUGCUACCAAUAGGACGGCUGUCAGAAUACUCAUCUCUUAGAAAAUUGCUGAUAGAGAAAUAUAAGAUACACGAUGCUGUUUUUGAUAGACGUCAGGCGGCUCCACGCUUUGUGAUUCGACCAUCGUCUCAGUUCUGCUAUGAGGGCCAAAGCGUCAAGUUCUACACACGAUGCAUUGCGAUUGCUACACCUACUCUUACCUGGUCACAUAACAAUAUUGAGUUACGGCAGAGUGUCAAGUUUAUGAAACGAUACACUGGAGAUGACUAUUACUUUAUAAUCAACCGAGUGAAGUUGGACGACCGAGGAGAGUAUAUUAUUCGUGCAGAGAAUCAUUAUGGUUCCAGAGAAGAAGUCGUUUUCCUGAAUGUUCAGCCGUUGCCGAAGGAACAGCCAAGGUAUCGAACGGAAUCAACUCCGGUUCGCAGACGUGAGCCCUUGCCAUACACCUUCUGGCAAGAAGAGUCAGAGACGGCACCCAGUUUUACAUUCCUUUUGCGGCCACGCGUUAUGCAGGCCCGCGACACAUGCAAACUUCUUUGUUGCUUAAGCGGAAAACCAGUGCCAACUGUCAAGUGGUACAAAGACGGUCGAGAGCUUAGCAAAUACGAGUAUGCGAUGACCCACUCUGAUGGAGUUGUUACCAUGGAAAUAAUUGACUGCAAGCCAUCCGACUCAGGAAAAUACAGCUGUAAGGCAACAAAUUGUCACGGAACAGACGAAACCGAGUGUGUCGUUAUUGUUGAAGGAGAAUGGGUUACGCCUGAGCAGGCUCGCCUUGCCCACAAUUUCCUUUACUCAGGAGACAGGAAAUAUAUAGAGCAACCAAUCAAGCCGGCCCCGCCCCCAAUAGUAACAGCCCGCCAAAUAACUUCUACUUCAACACCUGAAUCUACGGCCAACAAAAUAACUUCAACCCCGCAAAGUAGCAAUUCAAGCAAAAAGAAAUAUGCGUCCAACAGUUUACAAGCUCCUGGUAGCCCAUCUCGAUCAAGAAGUGCGACCAAAGAACUUAUACUUCCCCCCGAUGAUUCGUUAAUGUGCAAGCCCGAGUUCACCAAGCCUCUUCACGAUCUUACUGUCCGCGAUGGCGAGCAGUUGAUACUUACCUGCCAUGUUAAGGGCGAUCCAGAGCCUCAAAUCACUUGGUCGAAGAAUGGAAAGUCUAUAUCGUCUUCUGAUAUUAUGGACUUGAAGUAUAAAAACGGAAUCGCAACUUUAACCAUCAACGAAGUUUUCCCAGAAGACGAGGGAGUGUUCACUUGCACGGCCACAAAUUCCAUACGAGCUGUGGAAACUAAAUGCAGGCUAACAAUUAAGCCACUUGAUAAAAGCUCUACCAAACGACAAAUGGUUGCCGGCGACAAAGCACCUAAAAUAGUUAGUCAUUUGGAGUCGAGAUCCGUUAAAGAUGGCGAUGCUGUUACUCUGGCUUGCCGCAUAAUAGGAGCGGAACACUUCGAUGUGGUGUGGUUGCACAACAACAAGGAGAUAAAGCCAAGCAAGGACUUCCAAUAUACCAGCGAGGCUAAUAUAUAUCGUUUGCAAAUCGCCGAGAUCUUCCCCGAAGACGGCGGCACCUACACGUGCGAGGCAUUUAAUGAUGUUGGCGAAUCGUUCAGUACCUGCACCAUAAACGUAAUAGUGCCCGGGGACGAGCCUAAGCACCCAGUCUUUGUGAAAUUCCCCCUAUCAGCAUCGAUACUGGAAGGCGAGAGUGCCACAUUUGAAUGUGAAUUGGACUCUGAACUGCUCAAUUUGGUGUGGGUGAAGGAUGGAAAGCCCAUUGACGAGACCCUUUCGCGAUACUCAUUCACCAAGGAGGCGAACCGAUACGCUUUCUCAGUUGCCAAAUGUAACAUGGACGAUGUUGGCCAAUACCAGGCUAAGGCAGUGACCAGAAAAGGCGAAAGUAUAUGCGCAUUUUCAAUGAAUGUUAUCAACGCCGAAUGCUAAGCCAAUUUCGACUAUUCUACUUUAUUGGACAAACUAUAAAAAGCAUAAAAAUAUAUAUUACAAAUACAAUACAAUACAAUGUAUUAAAAGCGUGCCAAAAUUAGACUGCUCAUUAAAAGUUGUAAUUGUCAUUAAAGUUUUAAUGCGGUAUAUGUACAUAAGCGUUUAUGUAUAUAAAAAUAUAUAAAGUUUAUGCAUUUCAACCAUAUCAUGUAUUCAUAAUUCUGCAAUAUCAGAUUUUCACGUGCACAUACAUAACUUACGCUUUAUAUGUAGAAAUACUUUUAAUCGAACAAAUAAUUUCUAAGAAAAAUGUAAUUUAAUUGGCUGCAAAACGUUUAUAUGAAUGGCAACGAACUCAAGAUACCAAUCGAAAUUUAGGAGACCUCCGCUGCUUGGUUGACUGCUGGCAUCCUCAACAAAAACAUCUUAAACUCAUUAGCCAAUCAAGUAGUUGAAAAUUCCUUCUUUUCGAUUGUAUUUUGUUUAACUUACAAAUAAUAAAGACAAAUGUAUAGUUUGCGGGCAGUAAUUGGUUUCAAAAUAAAUACAAUAUUUAAAAAAAAAA